AUAAACGUAGCCUAUGAGUGCUUUGCUAUUAAAGACACUGAUGUAAUUCAGGACAGUGGUAACAGGUGACUCUUCCUCCAUGCUACGCUCUACGUACAGACGUAAACACGUGCUGCUCCUGCUCACAGGUUUCUUUUCACUUCUCCAUCCCUCUCCUCCCGCAUCAUUCAGCAGCAGCAGAGAUGGCGGAACCCGCCACAGCAACGCUUUCUCCGGCCAUGAGCCCGAGCUCCGAGCCUCCGUCCGGCACACACUCUCCCACGGCAGGCGGAACACAGCGGCUCCUGUUUACGCAUGACCUGGUCUCUGGAAAACACCGCGGGGCGAUGCGUUUUGGGCUAGUACGGAUGAUUCACGGCGAGGAGGAUUUUGAAGAUUCGGACUCCGAGAUUGACUGUGAUGGCGGAGGGAGAGGACGUGGUGGCAGCGGUGGAAGAGGUGGAGGCGCUCCGGGUAACUCCGACAACGAGAGCGGGGCGGCCGACACACGGUCAUGGCCUCUCGGUAGAGAAUUCGUGCGGGUUCAGUGGUAUCCUGAAGGAACGAAGCAGGAUAUUCGGGAAACACAGCUCAAACUUGAAGAUCGGUCUAUUGUGCCUAGAGACUUUGUCCGGCGAAUGAAUUCAAAUGAUAAACAGUGUGGGAUUGUGACCAACAUAAACACCAAAUGUGCAGUGAAACUUGUAGGAACCAACUGUGUUCUAUAUCCUGUAAAUAGCAAAGACCUGCAGCACGUCUGGUCAUUUAUGUAUGGUGACUACAUUGUAUAUGACUUCUGGCUUGGAAAAGUGUAUGAUCUCAGCAUCCAAAUCGUUGUGAAGCUUUCCAACGGUGCACGAUGUUCUAUGAGUGAGGAAGAUGGUGCAAAACUCUAUGAUAUUUACCCUCACGUCAGUGAUGUGGGUUUGUUCUUUGAUGAUGCCUAUGGGUUCUAUCCGGGGCAGGUUUUGAUUGGGCCCUCAAAGGUUUUUGCUAACGUGCAAUGGCUGUAUGGUGUGAAGCCUGUUCUCAGUAAGAAAAGCAAGUUCAGAGUUGUUGUGGAAGAGGUUCAAGUGGUGGAGCUAAAGGUGACAUGGAUUACAAAAAGUUACUCUCCAAAGGGGUCAGACAGUGUCUUUCCACCGCCUUCAACCAUCACACAGGAGAACCUUUGCAGGGUGAAGCGACUUGGGUACUUUGAUCAUACUCAAAGGCAACUUGGGGAGAGAUCCCUGUAUGUUUUUCCCGCCAAGAGUGAAACCACACGGAUAACUUGUGAGGGGCCAGAGGGGGCACCUGCUCACCCUGAAGACCCUGUUGUACGAAAGUUAAAAAGAAUGUUUAGAAAAGAAGUGGGAAAGAAAAUUCCAGAGAAUGCAGACUCGCAGAGUAACAAUUCACAGUCAACAGAGAAAACGGAAAGCAUAGAAGGUGAAAAGAGAUCAGUGCAGGAACAGGAUUGUUCUGAUGAUAAUUAUGUUCCAUGCUACCCCAACAAUGGUCCUGUUCCAUGCCAGGAUGCUCUAGAGGAGGGAAAAGAACCACCAUUGGAUGGUCUUCAGGGACAAUGGGCCCAUUUGGGUGACCAAGACUCAGAUGAGGACCCAGGUGAUGAUACAGAUGAUACCAGCUCGGUCACUUCCUCUGCCAGCUCUACGGCCUCACUGCAGAGUGGCCCAACACGGAAAAAGAGCAUUCCUCUCUCUAUCCGCAACCUAAAGAGAAAACACAAGAAGAAGAGGACUAAGUUUUCGCGCGAGUUUAAACCAGGAGACAGGGUGGCAGUUGAGGUUGUCUCCACUGUAACCUCUGCAGAUGUGAUGUGGAAGGAUGGUAAAUUAGAGACAGGGAUCUGCUCCAAUGAUCUGAUCCCUAUCCAGCACCUGGACAACCAUGAGUUCUGCCCUGGAGACUAUGUACUAGACAAACGACCCCAGGCUCUUCAUGAUCCAGGCAUCUAUGGGGUGGUUCAGUCAGGUGAUCAUAAGGCCAGAACCUGUGUAGUCAAGUGGGUCAAACUCAAUGCUGCAGGCGACAAUGUUGAGGUGAUUGGGGAGGAGGAGGACGUUAGUGUUUAUGACAUUGCUGAUCAUCCAGAUUUCCAUUUUCACACAACGGAUAUUGUCAUAAGGAUCGGCAACUCUGACACAGAGGACUGUGAAAAUGAGAGAUCUGUUGGCCAAGUGUGCAGGGUGGAUCUGAGCAGUAAAGUGGAGGUUGUGUGGGCUGAUAAUUCAAAGACUAUUGUUCUGCCACAGCACUUGUAUAAUGUAGAGUCUGAGAUUGAAGAAACAUAUUAUGACUCUGCUGAGGGCAGCAGUAGUGGUGCCUCAUCUGAAGAAUGGGAAGAUGAGAGUGAUAGCUGGGAGACAGAUAAUGGACAAGUGGAAGAGGAACCAGGAGGUGGGGAGACCUUCCCAGUCUCUUCCCCCAACACAGGUGUCACUUCUGAUUGCAAAACCCAUGGCGUGCAUGCUUCCACGACUACAGACUCACCAGGAGCUGUCUCCACACCUGAACUUCCUGGAGGUGGAGUUGCUGCGCCUGAAGAUAAGCCCAGUAAAGAGACUCCACCACGGGGAUUUCGUGAGCUUAAAGAAGCCCUAAAGAUUUUGGAAAGUUUAAAGAACAUGACUGUUGAGCAGCUCUGGACUGGAUCACCCACUUCACCCACUGCCGAACCAUCAGCCGCAACUGCUGCCACAACCCCUGCUGAUGCCAAACCCACAAAAGAAAAACGCUUUCUGGAUGAUAUUAAGAAACUUCAGGAAAACCUGAAAAAGACUCUAGACAAUGUGGCCAUUGUAGAAGAAGAUAAAAUGGAGGCUGCUAUAGAGGAGGAGAGAGUGAUGGCGCCAGUGCUAGCUGAACCACAGACGCCUGUGCGUUCUGAGUGGCCUAGUGACACACCAGUUUUGUGUCAGCAGAGUGGAGGCAAACCGGGUGUCACCUUCACCAGUGCUAAAGGGGAAGUGUUUUCUGUUUUGGAAUGGGCACCAGACACCCACUCUUUUAAAAAAAUGGAAUUCCAGCCAGCAGAGGCAAAGAAGUUCUUUAGCACUGUAAGGAAAGAAAUGGCCCUGCUGGCCACCUCUUUACCUGAUGGCAUCAUGGUGAAGACUUUUGAGGACAGAAUGGACCUUUUCUCAGCUUUCAUUAAGGGCCCUAACCGCACUCCCUACGAGGAUGGACUCUUCCUCUUUGAUAUUCAGCUUCCUAAUAUCUAUCCUGCUGUUCCUCCUCUCUUCCGUUACCUGUCUCAGUGCAGCGGCCGACUUAAUCCCAACCUCUAUGACAAUGGGAAGGUUUGUGUCAGUCUUCUCGGCACCUGGAUUGGAAAGGGUACUGAAAGAUGGACCAGCAAAUCCAGUCUACUGCAAGUGCUUAUCUCUAUACAAGGUCUGAUCCUUGUCAAUGAGCCAUACUAUAAUGAGGCUGGCUUUGACAGUGACCGAGGACUUCAAGAGGGUUACGAGAACAGUCGCUGCUACAAUGAAAUGGCACUCAUUAAGAUGGUGCAGUCAAUGACUCUACUUCUCCAGCAGCCUGUGGAGGUCUUUCAGCAGGAGAUCUGUGAGCACUUUGCCUGUAAUGGCUGGCGGCUGGUCCAUCGGCUGGAGUCCUGGCUAGAUAUGGAUGGGGGAGUGACCGACCGUGCUUCACGAUGUGGGGUUGGCAGCUUCCAUGCAGAACCUUUGGAGGAGAUCCCCUCAGCUCUGGCCCACAGUAGUCCAAGCAAACAGGUUGUGCGACGUGAAGAGGAACUUGAGGACUCAGGUCUCAGUCCUUCCACAGUGGGGCCCAGUUUACCUCCUGGAUCAGCCGGGCAACAGGACCUGAGCCAGAACUCUGAUUGUGAUAGCUCAGUGGUGUGUGGUGCAGGAUCAGAAAUACCAGAAGGUUUUGAAGGGGUGUCUGGUUUUGUGACAUCUCAAAGUGUAAAACCAUGUCAGGAGUCUCAGCCGGCUGUGAGACCAAAGAAGCGGAGAAAGAGCUAUCGGAGCUUCCUACCAGAGCGCAGUGGCUAUCCAGAUAUUGGAUUCCCGCUCUUCCCUCUUUCCAAAGGCUUCGUAAAGAGCAUGCGCGUAGUUUUGCAGCAGUAUCGAGCUACUCUUACAGCUGCUGGCGUUCCUGAAUACCCAGAAAACAAAUAAUUGCCCUCCAUUUGUAUUAAAUUGUAUUUUUCCCUUUUUUCUCUUCUCCCUGUUUAUUCAACCCAAGAGCUGUGUUUUUCCCCUUUAACCAUUGGCCAGGAACUUGGAUCUCCUCAUCAGGCUGUAAAUGUUCCCAGCAGCCUUUUGUUAAUUGCUUUGUAGCACAUCUUUAGUUGCUUUGUUUGUUGUUUCCUCUCAUUGGUCAUGGGAUGGCAGCACAUACUAUUUGUUUGUAUUAAAUAAUGUUGAAAUAUCAUAUGCUUCUAUCUUGUUUCCCUGACAACAACUCUGCCGUUACACUGCUCUCUCAGGGAAGUAUGGACAGAUAUGAGACAUUAAGAGAUACCUAAGGCAUGACUGAAUCUUUUGUUGUGUUGUGACUUACUUUUCAAGAUUUGUGGUUAUAAACCGUGCCAGAGGGAUACUUCUAUUGGUCUUAGGUGUUGUCCUUUGCUACUGUUUUUUUUUUUUUUUUUUUUUGGAUGGGAUUACCACCAGACUGUUACCACAUAUUGAUUUGCACAAGUGGAAGUUCGCUUGCAGAAAAAAGGAGUAAGAAUGAAGUUUUAGAUCAGAUGUGAUCUGAUUUUUUUUUUUUAGUCCUUGGUUCAUCAAAUAACUAUAUUUCCAAGCGUGACUUCCUCUUUGGUCCAUAUUUCCAAAUGUAGUGCUGCUUUAUAUGUUGCAUUGCUUUUCAGUCUUGUUCAAUAUCAUCAUUCUUUUAAAGGUCUUGGUGACUUGCUUUUUUUAUCCAAAAAAGACACUGUUGUACAACUGCCUAGUCAUCUAUACUGUACAGAGCCUGAUCAUUCCUGCUGGUGUUUUGCACUAAAAUCAUAUGACAGUUGAGUGUCAAGUUUACAUUUAAAAUACAAAAAGCAACCAACCAGACACACUAAACUACUCUUGACUCCUUAACUGGAAUCCUAACAUCCCCUUUCCCUCUCCCUCAAAUUCCAUGGCACAACAGAAAUAUUUUCAACUUUACUAACUAGUGUUCUCUGUACAGUAAUAUUAUUUACAACUUUUCUUACACUUUUGCCAGAAAGAUAUAUAUCAUAAAUCCAGUUUACACAUAUGUAAAUAGAUGAUGGGACCUUUGGAAUGAGGUUGGUUAGUCUUCUAUACAUGUGAGAAGGAACCCAGAGUCAACUAAUCAUUUGAAGAGGUUUGGCAGAAUUUUUUUUUUCUUCUCCAUUGCGCUUUGCUUGCAUGAAGGUCUCUGGUUUGAACACUGACGAGUUCCACCAUUCCCAUUCCUAACUCUUUCAUCUGUCCAACAUUGUUGCCUUAAAACUGAUAUCAAGCUUGAACCUAGGGUUAACAUUUUUUUACUGCAUUGUCAUUUUACACUAAGGGGCCCAGUCAAAAUACUCGUUAUGGUGGAGAGGCAUAUAUUUUACUAAUUAUUUUCACAAGCACAAUCGAAGAAGUCAUAUUCUUUCAACAACUGUGAAAUGGUUUGUGUAUUUGCUUGUAUAGAUUUUUGUUUGGUUUGAUACACUUUAAUCAACUUUUUCCUGAUAUCAUUUGUAUCUUUGUUAAAUGAUUUAGAAAAAGCUUCAUGUUAAUCCUGGUGCUGUGGUUCUCCAGACUACUUGGAGGCAGCAGACUAGUUUCAGACAGUUCCGACCUCAUUCACAUCAUUUGUUUACAUCAACAUCAGACCAGCUGUAAUUAAGCACAGCCCAUAGACACAAGUUUUACAUGCAAUAGAUCCAUAUAAUUUUCUUAGUUUUGCACAAAAGGGAAUGCUCAUAAUUACAUUUGCUACUACUGGAAGGCAGAUCUUUUUUUUUUUUUUUUUUUUUUUUUUUUCUAACCAGCAUACUUUCUUGCUGUAGAUUGGCUUUUCGUCUGACUGGCAGAUAUGUAGAUGUAAUAUACUGCUGAUGUUUUUCUGCACGUUAGCAUUCAAGUCUUUUGAAAGACAAAAAUAAAUUUCUGGCUGAUGGCUUUGUGCCAUCUUAAGAAAUUAGCAUACAUGUUUCCCUGCACAAGUUGCUUCCAGUAAUAUUUUUGAGAUGUUUUAGAUAAAAUUAUAUAAUUUCUUCUUUUUCUCUUGAAUUUAUAGCUUAUUACAGUUUGGUAUUUGAGGAAAAAUAUGCUUUAUCAAAUUGUUUCAUAUGUACAUUUUGCUCCGUUAACAGAGAUUCCAAGUCUCUCUUCCUCUAACUCUUUUUCAGCAGUUCAGCCCUCCAUGAUUUGUUUUUAGUACAUUUCCUACAUGUAAAGCUAAGUUUCAAGCGAGAAUCAGACAUCAACUUUAAACUAGGAACUUUUUUCUGUGUGUGUAAUAUACUAUACAUUUAAUCAAACUGUUAUGAGGAGAGAUAACAGCCAAAGCAUGUAAAGUUGCUUUAAGCCUUAAUGGCUACAUGAGACUUGACUGUAUAAUGUAAACAUUUCCACAGUGGCCUGUAUUGGUAAACUAAUAAACAUGAUUUGUAGCCUGAAUCCUCUGUACAGAAGUCAUGACUAUAGAAAUGCAUAUAAUAUAUAAAUUAUAUAUUUAACAGAAAAGUGGUCAUGUGAAUGCUUGGGGUAUGUCGUGGAGUGUGUUGUGUUAUUCAUUAUUUAUUUUUUUGCUUAAUUUGUAAUUUUUUAUUUUGGUUGCACUAAAUGUAAAAAUGGAAGCAUUAAACUUUGAUAGCAGAACCAUGGGAAAA